GGUUAACUCAUAAAAAUAAUAAUAUAAUAGGAGGUCGCAUAGUAUGUUGUAGUAACUAUUUUCUCUUUUAAUUGGUUUGUAUUUACAGUCUAAUAUUGAAAUAAUAUAUUAUUCGUUCAAAAAAACGCUAUAUUGUUAUUUUACUGUAAUAAUUCAAUUUUGGAAAAUACUAAAAAAUGAAUAUGGAAAAUUUAUCGAAAUUUUAUAAAGUUACAGCAAACGAAGAAUACCUUAAAAAUCCAAAACUCAUAGAAAAUGAUGUAAAAGAGCUACUUGAAUGGGCUCAAGAUAAUAUUAAAGUUUUUGGAAAUUUUAUGGAUAUUCAAAUAAUUAUAUUCUUGCAUGCUUGCAAUUACAACAAAGAAUAUACAAAAAAAAUCAUCAGAGAAUAUUUUACACUACGAGCUACAAAAUGCGCUAUUACGUUUAGAGGGAGGGAUCCUUUUUAUAAACAUAAUCUAAAACAAUUAGAUGUAAUUCAUAUGCAUUUAAUCAAAGAUGAAAAUGAUGGCUUCAAUUACUUUUGGACGAGUUUGAAAAUUAAAGAUGCUUCAAAAUAUUAUCCGAGUACUGCAGUUAAGUUGAUGCAUAUGGCCAUCGAACUUGAACAGAUUGAAAAUGGUACUGCGCCAGGUUAUAGAGUAAUAAUUGAUUCUACUGAUGUAGGAUUUAGUCAUGCAAUGCGUUUCUCCAUUAAUAAUGUUAGAAAUAUGAUGAUUUAUAUUCAAAAUGCAAUACCAUUUGUGAUUGAUAAAAUAUAUGUAAUAAAUGUAACACCAGGUAUAGAAAAAAUUUACACAUUAGCAAAACCGUUUAUGCACAAAUCGUUAAUAGAUAAAGUAAUUAUGAAAUCAGUUUUUAAAACAAAAGAAUUUUUAAAGUCAUUACCUCAACAUAUUUUAUCAAAAGAUUAUGGAGGUCUAGGACAAUCAAUGAAUGAACUAACAGAAAAUGCAAAAAAUAAAUUAAACGAAAAUCGGGAAUAUUUUAUUGCAGAAGAACUGUUUAGAAAUGGCAUUUUAUAUAAUGAUGAAGUUGAAACAAAUUUACCUAUUGAAAACGAAAGCGUGCCGACUUUUAAAAAUUUAUGCAUAGAUUAAAUAUAAAAGCCUAAAUUAUAAAAUUAUAAAUUUAAUUUAAAUAAAAAUUUAAUACAAACAUA